AUUGUUUUAUCUACAAAUGAUAAUUGUAACAAAUUUACAAUUUCUGAAAAUUAUAAAAAAACAGAAUUAUAUUAUUCUAAAUUUCUAUUAAGAAAAUAUUUUAAAUAUUGGUGUAAUUAUAUCGCAUUGAUGAAAAAGAAAAAAGAAUUAUUAAAAAAAGUUGUUACAUUCCAUAAUUUAUAUUGUUUAAAAAAGUGUAUAAUAAAUUGGAAAAUACAUGUAUUGUUACAAAAACAAAAAGAGAUUGAAGAAAAUAAAAUUAAUGAGGCGCAUAAAUUUUAUGCAACAAAAAUUUUACGAACAUUCGUAAAAACUUGGAUUAACAUUUGUGAAAUCAAGUCGCAGAGGGAUAAAAUAGGAAAUGUAAUUAUGCAUUAUAAGAAUAAGUUAUUAAUAAAAUAUUUUAACGGUUGGAAGAUAUAUCACGAUUACAAAAUAAAAAAGUUAAAUAUUGAAGAGUAUAUUUCAACAUACAAUAGAAAAAGAUUGUUAAAACGAUAUUUCGAACAAUUUAUUUUGGUAGUAUUUUUAUACAAUCGAUCGCAUUAUAUUAAUUUAAAAUUUUUAUUAAAUUUGAUUUUUUCUACAAUAGCGUGUGAAUGAAUCCAUCGCAAAAAAAAUUGCAAAUGAAAAUGUUGAAAAAUUUUAUAAUUUUAAAAUCGUACAAAAUGUAUUUCUUGCGUGGCAAAGAUGGUAUAAUAAAAAAAUAGAAAAUGCAACAAAAAUUCGUGAUAUAGAAAACAUAUUUAACAAUUCCAAAAAAAAUGAAAUAUUUAAUAAUUGGCGUUUAUAUGUAAUUCAAAACAAAUGUAAAAGAAGAA